UGCAGUAACCACUGAAAUUAAUGGACCUACACAACCAUGUUUUAAUCACAUGGCUCUUAUUGAAGCAAACAGCAGGCCUGACGUUCUCGGUGAACUUAUCUUCAAAGAUAUCUCAAAUGUAUUAUGGACAGUUACUCACUUAUUUCACAUUUGUCGAUGGCGGAACGGCUUCUCUUUCUUAUGAAACCUUGGGACAAGUUCCACCGUCGGGCUACCUGUAUUUGUUCGCCGCUGGUACCCAGCGUAUGACUGGGUCUUACUCCCCGUCUACAUGUAUCAAUUUCUAUGCAAGAUCCAUCAGAAAUGUUUCUCUAAAUGUGCAUAAACGCGGUGUAUUCAUUCUCGAUCCAUUUGCAGGAUACUUUCCUACUUUUCUGGUGUUUUCGGAUAACUCUUCUUGUAACCAAACUAUUCCCGUUUUCGCAGACACUUCGAGAGUUACAAUCACCUUACUCAAUCCAAAUGGUCAACCACAAAGCGGGACCCUGAUCGGAUUGCGAGCCCAUGUGGCCGGUUUGUUUAGUGUCUAUACGGCCGCAGUUCUGUACGCUUUGUAUUGUCUGUGCAGCUCCAAAAGAUGUGAUAGGUGCCACAGGGCUAACAGAGUGGAUACGUUCGGAUUCGGUUUCGAGGCAGGAAAAGGUGCCAUGUCCGUGAUUGACGAUGCUACUAAACACUCAUCGAACCAGGUCUGUUGUCCAUGCACCUCGGCGAAACUCAGCAAUGCACCAUACUCCACACCCUACUCUCGCUCCAUCGUUGCGUUGAAUGGCCAAGAGAAACAGUUAUGUUAUUUACUGGCACUUCUUUGUCUGCAGUGCUUCGCUUCGGUGCUCGCUUGGCUCGAAUUUUCCAGAUUUUCAAGCACUAUCGUGUCCACAAAUCGUCCCGUGUUUGGUGCCGAUGGCAGUCGAAGUCACUUUGCUGAAUUGCUCUCCGUUGCCAGUCACUACGUUUUCAUGGGAUUGUUGAUGUCACAAGCCAUCGCCGCCGAUACGUCUGGAGUCACUGAAUAUCACGACUGCAGGCACCACACCCUUCGACGCACAGCCACCUUUAAGUCCGAAUCGUCUACACCCUCUUUGCCCAAUUUUAGUGGCCACCGAAUUUCCCUACCCGUCUUGUCUGUCUUUCGCCUGGGACGCACGCUCUCCUUGCAUCGUCUCACGUGGCUAUUAUUGUUCUCACAGGUAAUGUGGUACGGUUUUAUUCACUAUUCCAACUCCACUGUUGCAUAUGCGGAACCAGAAAUGUGGCCAACUGAAGAACAACAUGGUUUUUGGGCUGGUUUGGGAAUACCAGGGACGAACUAUCUCUCUUGGGAGUCAUCCACGAGCACCUCGCAUCUUCGUUCUUCUUAUCCCCCCUCAGGCCUUUUUGCGCACUUGCUUGCAAUGACGCUUAUCCUCACAGGUUCCACUUCUGUCUUGGCUAUCAUUAUAAGCUCGCUACGCACUGGCUUGGGUCUGGUAUUAGCCACCCGAUUGGCCCAAAUCGGUCGCAUUCAUAGAUCUAGUGAGAUGCGCAACUUUUACACGCGCUUCGGAUGGCUUGGAACGGCUUGGUUCACGGCACAUCCGUUGCUACUACUUACUGGGGCGCUGUUCGCUGAUCACGUGAGGUACAAGAUGGUCGUUGUCGGAGUUACUCUGAUCCAAGCCGCGGUUGUGGUCUCGGUGUUGAUGCUCUUCACAAGACAAACGCUGCUGUGGGACAUUUCCGCACUGUCCGCAUCGCUGCCGUUAUUGAGACGCAUCCCUCCACCCAAUUCUAAGUGACUCUCUGAAUGAUUUUGGAUCAUGUGAUGAACCCAAAAACUACGCAUGUGGAUGCCAACCGGGUCACACAGCUAUCAGGGUUCAUACUCACGAAGUCACAUUCCCAUGCAAAUAUACGUAAUCUUGUUCUGUCCUUGCACUCAUAUAUCUGCUUUGAUAAGAAACUACACUACUCGAUCUAUUAGAACAAGUGCCUGCUGUUAUGUGCUACAGCACCAUUUCCCUGGAUCUGCAAAUCACUUGCUCCUGGAAAAUCCAAAAGACGAAAUCGAACAUGAAGCACUAUCUUGGACAGUCCUUAGCAUUUAUUUUCCCCAGAUACAAUCCAGUGAUCAGCG